AUCCUGGAAGAGAAAGUCUAAAUCUUAGUUUUCAUCUUAUGUUUAUUCACUGUGUCAGUACAUAAUGUUCCUAAAAAUGUUUAUUGCAUUGCAUCGCCUGCUUGUAUGUGAAAACACAUAAAGAUAAAAUGCACUUUAAGCUGCUUUGGAUAUCACUGGCCCUCCCCAGGAGCAGCAUUUGAAAACAACUACAGAAAAGCGUUAAGGUUUUUUUUUUUACUUGCUUCAGAAUUCGCCACAGUCAAGUAUGUUAGAAUGUGGUUGAGCCUGAACUCGGCAGCAAAGUAGAUCUCUGGCAGGACAGCACCCUCUGAAUCUUAAGUUAUGGCAGCCGCAAGACCCAAAGUUUUCUUCGAUAUCACAGCCAACAGGUAAUGCAGCUGAGAGCUGACAUUGUCCCCAAAACAGCAGAAAACUUCAGGCAGCUGUGUACAGGACAGAAUGGCCACGGCUACAAAGGAUCCACCUUCCACCGUGUCAUCCCUGGCUUUAUGUGUCAGGGCGGCGACUUCACAAAACACAAUGGAACUGGUGGAAAGUUAAUUUACGGAAACAAGUUUGCGGAUGAGAAUUUCACCCUGAACCACACCGGUGCUGGAUGUCUGUCCAUGGCCAAUUCUGGCCCCAACACCAAUGGUUCCCAGUUCUUCGUCUGUACAGGUGAUACUCUGUGGCUGGAUGGCAAGCACGUUGUCUUUGGAUAAGUUGUGGAGGGCUACAUCUUCAUCAAAAAAAUGGAGAGCUAUGGUUCCAGAAAUGGAAAGAACAGUGUCAAGAUGGUCAUUGCUGACUGUGGCCAGCUUUAAACACCUCAACCGCUAACCUUCACGUCUAGUUAACCCUCACCUAAAUCUAACCACAACAUUCUUUACCAGGAUAUAUAACCCUCAUUGUUCAUUUGUCUUUGAUCAGUGGCCAUGUCCUAUUUUGUACACAUUUACUGUUUGUAUCGACAAAUAAAGAGAAACAAUG